UGACAACGACGAUGCAGCAUCAACAACCACAACAUCAGCUGAUAACUUAAAACUCCUCUGACAGAGUGAAAACUAUCUGCAGUUAUUCACAACAAUGGUAAAAGUCACGCCAGAACUCGUACGUAAACGUGCGGAACAUAAUGAGGGCGAACUUUCGACGCUUGAAGAGCUCUCUCUCCACCAGCAAGAUAUCGAGAAAAUUGAAUACCUUCAUCGUUGGUGUCCGCGUCUUCGCAUUCUCUACUUGCAAGGCAACCUUAUUAGCAAGAUUGAGAAUGUGGGUCGUCUUCGAGAGUUAGAAUACCUCAACCUGGCCUUGAAUAACGUAGAGCGGGUGGAGGGUCUUGAACAAUGCGAGGCCCUCCAAAAACUCGACCUUACAGCAAACUUCAUCUAUGACCUGACUUCAGUAUUAAGCCUAGAGGACCUACCCAAUCUCAAGGAGUUGUACCUGACUGGUAACCCGUGUACCAGUUACCGGGGAUACCGGGAGUGGGUGUUGAACAACUUGCCUGCACUUGAGGAGCUCGAUGGCACAACUAUCACUAGAUCAGAGAGACUGAUGGCUCUCCAAAGCCUUACAUCCUCUCAUUCCACCGUCCAGGUCGACCAGCAGCUAGCUCUCGGUGAGGCGUUGGUGGAACUUGCGAGCUUAGUUUAUAAAGCAACUAUUCUUUGGCCAAAUAAAGCAAUUACACACGGGCAAGGGAGAGAGAGGAAUACGAACGAUGCGGCUAACGACAGGAAAGACGACGAUGAAGACGACGAAGGGUGGUGGAGAGGAACCAGCUACCACACUCCGGAGUCCCGCCUGGCCCACCACCGACGUCUGGCUCACCUUCGCCAUAGUCAACACAGCGGUUACACUGAUGGCAUUGUCAAACAGAUGCCUGAGGUGAGGUUGUUUACUGAAGAAGGUCGACCUAUAAACCUGAAUUCUGCCAAGCUCGAGUUCCACUUUACCGAGGAUGAGAACAACAACUGCUUCAUCCUCGAAGUUCACACCUACAAGUACCUGGACUCUUCGUUGGUGAAGUGUGAUGUGGAGCCGUGGUACGUGCGGAUCACACUGAAGGGCAAGGUGCUACAAUUGGUGCUACUGGAAGAAGUGAGACCUGACAGUGCCACAGCCCGCAGGUCACAGAUCACGGGUCAUCUCCUAAUCACCAUGCCUAAGCUGGUACCUGCUAAACACUUUGGGAGAAGUUGCUUACCAGAGAUCACACCUUUAACGUGCCGCACAUCAGACGUUACCAGUUCACCUCACGCCACCAUCUCACUUGACUACUUCAAGGAAGGCAAUAACGAGGUGAAGCACCUGCAGGUGAGCGAGACGAGGCAGGUGGAUUAUAAGAACAUAGUGGAUCACUCUACCAGAAGUGGUUCCAUCCAGUGCAGCCCCCCAACCAACACUCUCCGUCAAACCCCUCUCCCUGACCGACCAAACUCUCCAGAUUUUGUGGACGACUCUGAAGUUCCGUCAUUAGAGUAAGACUUCGCCGUUCAUAGGUUAACACUUUUACUCUUGAAUUUACAUGCUAUAAGCCGUUAUCCUGAGUUCAUUUUAAAGCCUAACAUUAUACAAGACAAAUAAUCCCGAGGAUUCCAUCAACAAUGGUCGCCUAACACCCAGUUCUAGUCUUAAGACUGUCACCGUUGCUCUAAAAACAUGUCGCUUUGUAUUAUAUUUAUGGGUCCCUCUUUAAUGCUGUAUGUUUGUUAUCAUAUUUGUAAUGUAUGAGUUUCUCACUACUGCUACAUGUGUAUCAUAUUUGUAAGAGUAUCCCUUACUGCUAAAUAUAUCAUAGUUGUAAUCUAAUAGUAUCCUUUGACUAAUAUAGUUAGCACAGUUAUG